AUAUAUCAGUUUAAGAAAAUUAUUUUAAAAUGAUUUAUAAUAGAAAUAUGCAGUGUAAUUUUAUAAAGAGUAUAUAAUGAAAUAUUACUGUAUCAUAAAAUUGAACGUGUUAUAAUAUAUAAAAAUUCUUUAAUAUGAUGCGAACUUUUUCAUAGAAUUUACGAUAUAACCAAUAUUAGUUGGUAUCAAAUUCUUUAUUUUAUCGAAACUAUCGUUUAUAUAUUUAGAAUAUAAACGAAAACUGUACUUUUUAAGUAAUUUUUGUUUUCUAAAUAUAAUAUAGUUUUUGUUUCAUUAAAAGAAAAUCAUGGCUGCUAGGACAAUAUUUAAAAAAUGGAAAAAAUUUCAUGGGAUUUUAUAUAAUCAUUUAACUAGAUCUCACAGUAAAGGGAUGACUUUAACAUUUCUUGGAACAGGUGUUGCGACUGGAAUUGUAUUAUACAAUGUAUCUAGUAGUAAAGUUAUUGCAGCACAAACUAUAUUAAAUGUCAGUAAUUUUAUGGCACAACCUAUUACUUCUGUUGAUAAACUACAAAAAAAUCCUGAUGACAUGAAAACAAAGAUGGAACUUCUAAUUUUAAAAAUACAAGCUGAUUUUUGUAAACAAUUGGAAUCUUUAGAAGAUGAUAAUUCUCAUUUUAAAGUAGAUCGUUGGGCCAGAGCAGAAGGAGGUGGUGGUAUCACUUGUGUUUUGCAAAAUGGAACUGUAUUUGAGAAGGCUGGUGUUAAUAUUUCUGUAGUAUCUGGUUUACUGCCUCCAGGAGCAAUACAACAAAUGAGAGCACGAGGAAAACAAAUAGAUGAAGGAUCUUUACCAUUUUUUGCAGCUGGUGUAAGUGCUGUUAUUCAUCCACGUAAUCCCAUGGUUCCUACUAUACAUUUUAAUUAUCGAUAUUUUGAAAUUGAAAAUAAAGAUGGUUCAAUUCAAUGGUGGUUUGGAGGUGGUACAGAUCUCACACCUUACUAUUUGAAUGAAGAAGAUGUGAAACAUUUCCAUAGCACAUUAAAAAAAGCUUGUGACAAGCAUAAUUUAUCAUAUUAUGCAAAGUUCAAAAAGUGGUGUGAUGAUUAUUUUUAUAUUAAUCACAGAGGAGAAUGUCGUGGUGUAGGAGGAAUUUUUUUUGAUGAUUUAGACAUCCCAAGUCAGAAUGAAGCAUUUCUGUUUGUAAAAUCAUGUGCAGAAGCAGUUAUACCAUCUUAUAUUCCACUGGUAAAAUUACAUAAAAAUGAUGGCUAUGGAUACGCUGAAAGGCAAUGGCAAUUAUUACGCAGAGGAAGAUAUGUAGAAUUUAACUUGAUAUAUGAUCGUGGUACAAAAUUUGGAUUAUAUACACCUGGUGCUCGGUAUGAAAGUAUUUUAAUGUCUUUACCUUUGAAUGCUAAAUGGGAAUACAUGCAUGAACCUAAUCCAAAUUCAGAAGAAGCAAAACUUGUAGAAGUACUUAAAAAUCCAAAAGAUUGGUUAAAUUCAACAUAAAAUUGUUUAUUGUCAGAAAUCGAUUAUAUAAAUUAAUUUGAUGGGGAAUUAAUUUUAAUAAUAUAAAGAAUAUAUAUUUUUAAUAUCAUACACACACGCACACACACACAUAAUAUUGAGUAAUAAUAAUAUUGUGUGCAAUUAUUUUGUUGAAUAACUUCAAUCUUGUAAAAUAUAAUUAGUAAUAUUUCUAAGAUAAUAUUUUAUAUUUGUAUAUAUAUAAAAUAAUAAAAAUUAUGUAUAAACAAGCGUAAU